GCGGUGAUGAACCUGUGAAGGAGACUGGCCGCAGACAGAGAUCAGCAUGUCGUCUCCUUGGAUGAAGGGCCGAGACUUGACCAUCAACAGGCCUGACUUCCUGUCUGUGCGAUCAAGCUCGUCUUCGUCUGAUUCAAAAGUUUACAACUCCCGCAAAUACAACCCGAUCCUGCAGGGCAGCUACAUGCAGCUCCAAACUUCUCCGCAAACAGCACCGGAACAAUCGCCCAACGCAAAGAAUUCUUCAUCCUACCCCAGCCCGGAUGAUCGGCAAGCUUCAAGAUCUAGCUCAUCAGCAGCGCUGAGCAGCGCCAAAGAGUCCUCCACCUCAUCGCACGUCGUCGUUGGCUGGGGCUCUCGAGCUCAAGUGAUGACUGAGCAUCAGCAGCGAUCUGAGCAGAGCAGAGGGAGUCACUACGACCAAUUGCUGGUGGAGAGGAAGCAGAUCGGUAACGAGGACUCGUCCUCCAUCAGGAUGCGCGGGGGGGUCUAUGCACCGGACAUGGGUAUGAGGACAAACUAUCCUGACGGCGGGCACUUCUCUCUGGGCAGGUCUCCUUUCUUCCCUUCCACUCCCGAGCAUCCGAUUCAUCAGAUCACUCCGAGGUCCAAUGAGCAGAGCUCAGAGCACUCGGUGCCGCUAAGGCAUGACGAGGAUUCGAGGGAGAUAAGGAUGACGCCGGCAGGAUCAAGAUCCCGUGAGCAUUCUUCGCACGACAGAAGCCAGAAGUUUGACUUCGACUUGCCCGAUCUUCCUGCUGGUCUGAGCUCCAACUGCA